UGAUGCUGGGGACGCGAAUGAGGGCAGGGAGGAGGAUGCUGCCGUAGAAAUGGUGGUACGUGGGGCGAACCUCCUGCAAUGGUUUUGACCGUAGAGGCGAAACAAUGUGCCUCUUCAAAGUCUUCGACGUUUUCAUGUCAUCGCGUCUGAAGAGAAUUAGGUAAAAAGAAAAGCUACUAUCCUCUCUUUAUUCCCAUUCCCCAGGUUUGAAAGGUUAUGUAAAUAUAGCCGUAUGUUUGUACACUGAAGGCCCAGGUGGCUGAUUUAAGGAAUUAUAGUUGUCUUAAUUAAUAGAAAUGUGGAAUGUGGAUUUGAAUUGCAGUAGAUGUAGUUAAAAUAUAGGCGCUGGCCUUUUCCAGUGAUUGGUUCACAUUGGGAAUUGUAGUCCGGUGUUUUUGCUCUCAUAUAUGCUACAUUGCAUUCGGUAGUAUUUUUCUUAGUGGUAGGUCUACCUUUAUCAAACAAUUCCAUUAAAAUAUGCAAUAUUUUUGAAGAUUAGAAAGGCUGACGUCCAAUUACAAACUCUGUCCAUUACGCGCGAGGAGAAGUAACGGACUGUUAUUAGGGUAUAAUAUUUGUAAAAUGGUACAAGUUUUGUGAUUUUGCAGAAUAUCUUUGGGGUGUCGUGCGCCACCUCUCGCCAUAAAGGCGGUAGUAAUAGGUGGGUCUCUUGUCAAGAAUGAGUAUACGCUGCAGUGCGGACAAAAACCGAGAAGUGGGAUGGAUCGAGAGCCUUGGCGUUGGAGAGCAUAUGACCGUAUUUUAAACCGAGACAUCAAUUAGUAAGAGAAGGCAUAUUGUAUCGGAAUAGUUUAUCGGAAUUGGACCCGCUGCUUACCUGGAUUUUAGUCGUCGACAAUGUAUUUUAAUUGUGCAUUCAUGCAAAGCAUACACCUGUACACUGCAGUUUGUAAUCAUCGGAAUCCGCUUGCGUGACACGUUUAUUGUCGAAGAAAUUGGAUCUUAUUCUAAUUUAAACAACUUGACAAACUAAUGUAGAAAAGCUAAAAAAAACUAAAUGUGUGUGUUAGGCCAAUACACAAUUUAAGAAAAUCAUAUGUUUGAUUGAAUUUAUUGGAGGUUUCGCUUGGGAUAAUUGCCUGCUAAAUGCAAAGGAGUACGGUUCAGUUUAGCGUCGGACAUCGGAGUAGAUAUCUAUAUGGACCUUUCUCGCAAUGGAUUUGGUCUUACAUGGGGAAAUUAUGCUAUUAUUGAGUGUAUAGCUGUAGCAGUAGGGCUACUGUUUGUCAGAGGAAGUCUUCUGCCACCUUAAAAUCCCAAAUGAAGAUUCCAAAAAGACGGAAAAGACUAACGUGCCGUCUCUGCACCAGAUAAAUGGCUCAUUUAAGUUGGGAGCUGCCCGCGUUCUGUCGGGCUGGCAGAUGCAGUGCCUAGUGCCAGGCCUCCAGGACCACGCCAACAUGAAUGGGGCUGGGGAGACGGCAGACAUACUGCCGCCUAACUGCAUGGUCAAGGACCGAUGGAAAGUGCUGAAGAAAAUCGGAGGGGGAGGUUUUGGGGAGAUCUACGAAGCUCUGGACCUGUUGACUCGGGAGAACGUGGCAUUGAAGGUGGAGUCGGCCCAGCAGCCCAAACAGGUCCUGAAGAUGGAGGUGGCAGUCCUGAAGAAACUGCAGGGUAAAAACCAUGUUUGCAAGUUUAUUGGCUGUGGGAGAAAUGACAAAUUCAACUACGUGGUCAUGCAACUUCAGCAGGGACGCAAUUUGGCGGACUUGAGGAGGAGCCAGCCUCGGGGGACUUUCACCAUGAGCACCACACUUCGCCUGGGGAAACAGAUCCUGGAGUCUAUAGAGGCCAUCCACUCUGUUGGCUUCUUGCAUCGAGAUAUCAAACCGUCAAACUUCGCCAUGGGAAGGCUGCCUUCAACCUUAAGGAAGUGUUACAUGUUAGACUUCGGCCUCGCACGGCAGUACACCAAUACCACUGGAGAAGUCCGCCCUCCGAGAACUGUUGCAGGUUUUCGAGGAACUGUCCGAUAUGCCUCAGUCAACGCACAUAAAAACAAAGAAAUGGGCCGCCAUGAUGACCUAUGGUCUUUAUUUUACAUGUUGGUGGAAUUUGCAGUUGGACAGCUACCAUGGAGGAAAAUCAAGGACAAGGAGCAAGUUGGGCAGAUUAAAGAUCGAUAUGACCAUAGGAUGUUGCUGAAACACAUGCCGUCAGAGUUUCAUAUCUUCCUCGACCAUGUAUUGGGCCUGGACUACUACACCAAGCCGGAUUAUCAGCUGCUGAUGUCGGUGUUUGAGAACAGCAUGAAGGAGCGCAACAUCACGGAAAAUGAGCCGUUUGAUUGGGAGAAAGGCGGGACAGACUCCACACAGUCAACAAGCGCCUCCACCCAACCACAGCACAACACACGGCCCACCGUCGCCAUGGUGGGAGCCCUAAACACCCCGGUGCCUGGAGACCUCCAGAGAGAGAACACGGAGAACGUGCUCCAGGACGAGCACCUCAGCGACCAGGAGAACGCCCCUCCGGUCCUGCCUCCCAGUGGGAGCCGCCAGGGGGGCGAGGGCGGUGGCCAGACGCCCGCAAAGGGCGAGGGAUGGGAGGACACCGACUUCAACCGCAACAAACUCAGGAUCAGCCUGGGCAAGGGGGCCCAGGAGGGGGAUGAACCCAGCAGAGGGGCCUGUCCCAUGUCGCCGUGCCGGGCAGGAGGGGCCCCAGAGUCCCCCAGUGGCCAGGUGCGCUCCCUCCGGUACCGCCGCAUCAACAGCCCAGAGUCAGACCGCAUGUCGGCCGCUGAUGGGAGGGCCGUCGAUGGCUAUGGCCAAAGUAUCAGGUCCCGCAUGGACAUCCUGGGCUCGCCCUCGCGCCACAUGUACUCGUCCCAACCGGCCAUGAUGCUGUCUGUGGACGACGGCCUGCAGCGCGGGCGGCACGGCGAGGGCUCGGUGGCGUCCGUGGACCAGGAAGCCCACAGCAAUGCCUUUAUCAGAUCGGUGCCGCUAGCAGAGGAGGAAGACUUUGAUAGCAAGGAGUGGGUGAUCAUUGACAAGGAGACAGAGCUGAGGGACUUCCAGCCCACCACGUCGGGCACCACAGAUGAGGAGCCUGAGGAGCUGAGGCCCUUGGAGGAGGGAGAGGAGAGGAGGAAGCUGCGGGGAGGAGGGGCGGAGAUGGUGGUGCGGCCCAAGACGACCCACACAACCAACAGCAGCCGGGGCAUGCUCACGCUCACCGAGGAGGAAGCCUCCAGACGAAGUGGGGGAAGCCCCGCCAUGUCGCCCUGUCAUUCACUCCCACCAGGCCGUCCUAUCGGACCCCAAAGACCGAUGAUCAUGUCUCUGACUGAGCACAAUGGCCUAUAUCAGCCCUGUCCAGACUUCAGGACCAAGGGCCAGAUGGAUGAGAAGGAGUAUUUCCACAUCCUUCCCCAGCUCCAGGUCAAGAGGGCCGACUUCCUCACUGUCAUGCUGACCGGCACCCUUCCUCAGCGGCGAACCUUCCCAGCAGCUCUGUCGGCAGAGAACGAGGUCCAGGAGCCCCAGAGCCCGCGGGACGAUGAUGUGUCCAAGAGUGAGUCAUACAGCGAGACCAGCCAAAAGAGCACAGAGCGGAGCCAGGAUGGGGCCCCUGACACCCUCAUGGCCGGCCCCCGGGAACCCGCCUCAGCCGCAGAUGCUGACCCUGACUUUGAGGACGGCUCCAAGACCCUGGUUUUGUUCUCGCCGGGGGAUACCCGGAAGUCUCCAUCCACUGGGGGAGAACACGUCCUGCUCGAGGUUGACUUCAGGACACCGUCUGCCUCUACCCCUAGGAACGAUAUGCCUCUGGUGGGUGCGGGCAGCCAGCCAGAGCUCUCCUUCACACUGAGGUCGGACUUGGGGCCAUCCACCCCUAUCGCCCCCGCAUCUCCCCCCUUCACCAAAGUUGAGCUCACCUUUGUCCACAUCUCCGAGACUUCCCACUUUAACAUCAUGUCUUCCAGAGGUCAAACCGCAAAGGAGAGCAGCGACCACUGCGACAUCUCAGCCGUUACCCAGGAGGCCUCACCAUGGGAAGGAGACACCCGUGAACAGACCGGACAUGUCGAAAAGGGUGAGGAAUCCCAGAGUCCUUCCAGAGAGCCCCAAGCCCAUUCUAUCCCAGACGUGACCCCGGAGAAUGGUGUCACGCGCACCAAAUCGGACGACCGCCCACCGCUGGUCUUCGUCAAGUCUUUGGAGCCUGUCCCGGAAGCCAUGUCGCCCAUUCUGGAACACAAAACUCUCUCUGUAGAUUCCAACAAGGGGCCAUUGUCUACCGAAGGUAUUGCCAACGCUGAACUACCGCACACCACCCUCAGGCGGAGGAUCAAAAGCCGCAUCCCGGUUCUACUGUCUGAAGAGGGCACAGGCUCGGAGUGUUCAGCCUCGCUCUCUGCCCGGGCGCAACUACAGAAGAGAGCCCGGAAACUGGACCUGGCACGCCUGGUGGUGCAGAAGCAGCAGGGCCGCUGGAUGAGGCUGCCCUCGGGGACAUCCUCCUCGCUGUCCUCCGGAAACGGUAGGGCCUCCGAGACGCUCUCCACUACCGGCUCGGAGGAAGACACCCAUGCCUCGGACGAGUCUCUGGCCAGGAGGAGGUCCUGUCUGAAGGCCAGCGCAGGGGCUGGAGGGGACCAGGGCCAGACGGAGUGGAACAGCAGGAUCCCCAGGCCCGUCACCCCCAUCAAGAGGCCCUCAGGGUGGCUGCUGGCCGCCGUGUCCUCUCCUCUCGCUGUGCCAGGAUCGGGCAUUUGUAGAGAUGCAUCCACCUUUGGUAAUGGGCUCCAAGUUCAGAAAAUAGGACCAAGCACUCUCCCAACCCAGAGGCGGUCUAAACCUCUGCAGACCGGCUCCUCUUCUUCCUCCUGUCCAAGGCCCUGUCCUGUCCCCGCCCAGCCCUGCAGCAGCCCCCGAAUGCCCCUGCGCUGCGUUGUUGUGACCCAACGUAGCUUAAGCACCUCCCACUGCAGGUCAGACAGCCCCUCCCCCCAGCGUCUCCAUCCAACUAGACAGUCCCUCUCUGUCCGGCCCACAACUGCCCCUCCCCUCCAGCCCAGGGCUGAUACUACUACUACUACUACUACUACCAGCAUAAAACGGGCCAACUCACAGGACCCCUUUACCCAGGUGUCCACCGCUAUGCCUGCCAGAAUCCGAGCCAAAUCCACGGGCCCUGCCAAAGCGAAACAAAGCACAGGGGACAAGAUGGCUGCCGCGAGAUAGUAAACAGAUUCACUGGGAAGAAACGCAUAUGCUUCUCUGUUGUCCUCAGAAAGACUCAAUGCUUCAAAAAGCUCCAGCCCGGACCCAAAUUAAGACUGAUGCGGUUUCCCAUCUUUUUUUACCUUCUUUGAUCCAAACCAUGUACAGUGGGGCAAAAAAAGUAUUUAGUCAGCCACCAAUUGUGCAAGUUCU